UUGCGGCCUGGAAAUCUAAUUUGCGAAGUGCAUCUUUGUUUUUAGAACGUGAUCUCAAGUUAGUAAGAGAUACUUACACACAUUUGUAAGAUUGCCGCUGUCGCGUAUCUAAUUCCAACGGUCACGAUUACUUAUUGGGAGCGUGGAAGCGCGAGCUUUCCAGCGCUGAAAGUUUCCAGGCGAUCAGCUGUUUUGGGGAGCUUUGGGGUUUAUUUUUCCACCUCCGAGAGCACUGCACUUUGCAGAGCGAGAUACAGAUACAGAUACAGAGAGUGAGAGCGAAUUUGAGCGGGAGUGGGGCAGGUUUUAUCAGCUUGAAGUACGACGAUUCGUAGAUAAGAAAAAGUCGGCGGCGGGUGUUAAGUCAUUUACACAAUUUAUCGCUUCUUCGCUGCUUUGCGCAAUUGAAUGGAAAAGCGGAGUGCAUUGCAUUCCGGCCUGGAGUAGAAUCCGGAUCGCACGGAUACAUCAGCAUGAACAAACUACGGGCCCUGUUGCCCGGUCAGCACUCGACCAAUGGAGCAUUGCGACACUCCGCAACGCUGGAGCCCGAGAUCGGCUUCCAGAUCACCAUCGACAAUCCGAAGAACAGCGAUCCCAGCAAGGGUUCCACGCCAGUUCCCGAGCUCAACGUCCACCUCAUCGCCGCCCGACACCUGCCCUCGCUGUUCGGCUUCAAGAUCGUCCAGGGCUACUUGAUAAAGGUGAAGCUAUUUCCCGGAACGAAACGCUUGGACAGCAGCAUACAGACAAACACGUGGCCAAAGUUCAAUGAAAACUUCAAGUUUCCCCUGGUGCCAGAUAUCAAGUCCUCCAUGAAGCAUGUAACGCGACGCCCGGCAAAUGGUCAGCCAAAUAGCACGGAGCCGGAGCCAGAGGAGCUCUUCUCCGGACAGUUUGUGGUCUUUACGGUCUACGCUCUAUUGGAACUUCCGGCCACGAAUUUCAAUCGCUUUAAUAAGACAUACCGAUCGCUGAAGGACCGCAGUACCAGCUUUGUCCAACGCUUCGUGGAUCCUACGGCGGGGGCUCCGAAUGAGGCCAAGACUGAAGCCGGAGGAAAGCCGGGGGAUCAGGGCAAGGGAAAGAAAAAGUCUGAGAGCUCCGCGAGGGAUGCUAUGCCACCGCUUACUAUAAGUGAAUCGCGAAGAAAUAUAGGUUCCGUCACCUGCUACCUGCAAUCCAAGCUCUUCCAGCGCAACAGCCGCACGGGGUGCUAUUCGACGGAAGAGUUGUGGCUGCCUAUUAAAGAUAUCACCACAACGGUGGCCAAGUCGUCGCCCAGCAACAACAAUCUUGUCAACGCCUCCAAGGGCGUGGUUGAGCUGGCCCUUGAGGUCCGAGAUCUGCUGGAAUGCGUGACACCUGAGGAUACCUCGAUGCCCCCUUCAACGCCCGCCAACACGCCCACCACGCCGACACUGCCUUCCGCCCCCUCGGCCAACAAUUGGCAACGGAUGACCGCCGAGGUGAAGCGGAAGAUGGGCAUCAGCAAUGCCGGCAGCUCCGACUCCGGCAGAUACCUGCUGCGGGUGACCACCACGCGGAUGCGCUGCUCCAACAAGGUCAAGGACGAACUGGAGGCCACGGCGAGUUCCGGUGUGUAUGUGAAGACCACGGCCUUCGAGCAUGGCAUCUACAUAGAUGCCUGGAAGUCGCCCAUCUUCUUCCCGUCACUCUCCACCAAAUGGGACGAUGGCAGCGGCGAGGGAACGAUAGACAUUCCCCUCCAGAGACUCGACCAGCUGGAGGACAUUGUCCUGCGGAUCACACUGGCCACCAAGAAGAUGGGCAAGAAGGUGGUCCUCGGCACGGUUAUAAUCGGCGGAGAUCAGGCGGGAGACACGGGCUCCGAGCAGAUGCGCCUUAUCCGGGAAUCCCCGCCAGGUCAAAGGGUCGCCGCCUGGCACUGUUACCACUAAAUCGAACUGAAAGCUGUACUCCAAAAAAUAGAAAAAUCUUUAGUUAAUUCAUAUCAAAAUUCCUUUGUGCUUCUGCGCGUAGACAUAGUGUAUGUAUUUGCUUUUCGAUCGUUAAAAAUAUUAAAUUUAAUUGCAAA